AUGGGGAACACAGAGAGCAUGGAAAGCCAGCUGGCUGUGAUCCGGUCCAGAGCUGCCCCAGUUCGGCUCCCAAUGCCGGACCCAGCUGAGCUAGAAGAGAGGUUCUCCAUCGCACUGAAUUCGAUGAACCUGCCUCCUGACAAGGUGCGUCUGCUGCGUUCCUAUGACAGCGAGAAGAAAUGGGAGCUCAUCUGUGAUCAGGAGAGAUUUCAGGUGAAGAACCCACCACAUACCUACAUUCAGAAACUGAGAGGUUUCCUCGAUCCGGCUGUAACACGCAAGAAGUUCCGACGAAGAGUUCAGGAGUCGACACAGACACUCAGAGAACUUGAGAUUUCGCUUCGGACAAACCACAUUGGGUGGGUCCGAGAGUUUCUAAAUGAGGAGAAUCGAGGUCUGGAUGUUCUGGUCGAGUAUUUGUCCUUCGCUCAAUAUGCAGUCACGUUUGAUGGAGAGCAGUCAGACACUGGCAGUGAGGUCGGAUCCAUUGACUCUCCCUGGAGUCGCUCCAUAGAGGAUCUCCAAGGUGAUUGCAGCCUCCCAUCCCCAUCCUCAUCUGUUCCUCGCUCAGCACGACACUCCAUCAGUGUUCACAGCUCAACUUUGGUAACACGCUCGAACACACUGCCGAGUCGUCGAACACUGAAGAACUCACGGCUUGUUUGUAAGAAAGAUGAUGUUCAUGUUUGCAUCAUGUGUUUGAGAGCCAUCAUGAACUACCAGUAUGGCUUCAACAUGGUUAUGUCCCACCCUCACGCUGUCAAUGAAAUUGCUCUUAGCCUGAACAAUAGGAACCCCAGGACAAAAGCCCUCGUUCUGGAGCUGCUGGCUGCAGUGUGUUUGGUCAGAGGAGGACAUGAGAUCAUCCUGUCUGCAUUUGACAACUUUAAAACUGUUUGCAAUGAAUCAAUGCGUUUUGAAAAGUUGAUGGAACAUUUUAAGAAUGAAGAUGACAACAUUGACUUCUUGGUGGCCUGCAUGCAGUUCAUUAACAUCGUGGUGCACUCAGUAGAGGACAUGAAUUUCAGAGUCCAUCUGCAGUAUGAUUUUACCAAACUCAACCUGGAGGAACAUCUGGAGAAAUUAAAGCACACAGAAAGUGACAGACUUCAGGUUCAGAUCCAGGCAUAUCUGGACAACGUGUUUGAUGUUGGGACACUUCUGGAGGAUGCUGAGACAAAAACUGCUGCUCUGGAGAGAGUUGAAGAGUUGGAAGAGAGUCUGGCCACAAUGUCAGAACGUCUGCUGGAUGUAGAAAAUGAAGCAAUGUUGAAGAUUGUUGAACUAGAGAAACAACUGAUGCAGACAAACAAGGAGCUGGACCAACUUCGGGAGGUGUAUGCCAGUGCCAACUCGCAGGUGCACACCUUACGCCGGAUGGUUCGGGAAAAGGACCAGACUAUCCGAAGGCAGAGUCGUCUGGAGCGUCAGGCUCAGGAGGCCCAGCAGGCUGGAGGACCUGGAGCUCCUCAGCCUCAGAGAGGUGAGGGAGAUGGGGGUGCAGCCGAUUCUGCCUCCCCCUCUCCUCCGCCUUGUCUAAACCUUUCCCCCAGCCCUGAAACUGUAACCUAUCACAGCAUGGGACCUGGUAUGGGUGGAGCUCCAGGCAUACCAACCCCACCCCCUCCACCUCCACCACCACCAAUGCCAGGCACAUUGUCCAACGGGCCAUACCCUAUGCUUCCACCUCUUGCUCCUCCUCCACCACCUCCUCCACCUCCCCCACCCUGUCGUAGCAGUGAGCUUUCUUGUGUCCCCUUGCCCCCUCCUCCUCCUCCCGUCGCCCCACCUCUCCCAGGAACAGGGGGUUCUCCUACAGUUAUCUUUAACUCAGGGCUGGCAGAGGGUCCUCUCAAGUUAUUCUCUGUGAAAAUAAAGAAACCCAUCCAGACCAAGUUCAGAAUGCCAGUAUUGAACUGGGUCGCUCUGAAGCCCAGUCAGAUCAAUGGAACUGUCUUUAAUGACAUUGAUGACGAGUCCAUUCUGCAGGACCUGGACAUGGAAGAGUUUGAAGAGUUGUUCAAGACCAAGGCUCAGGGUCCAGCAGUUGAUCUGACUCUGUCCAGACAGAAACUUCCUCAAAAAGCACCAUCCAAAGUUUCUCUGCUAGAGGCCAAUCGAGCCAAAAACCUAGCCAUCACACUGAGGAAGGCCGGCCAGGCUUCAGAGAUCAUCUGCCGCGCCAUUUACACUUUUGAUCUCCGGACAGUUCCUGUUGACUUUGUUGAGUGUCUGAUGCGUUUCCUGCCCACGGAGGCUGAGGUGAAGCUUCUACGGCAAUACGAGAGAGACAGAAAACCUCCAGAGGCCCUGAGUGACGAAGAUCGAUUCAUGAUGCAGUUCAGUCGUAUCGAAAGGCUCAGUCAGCGCAUGUCUAUCAUGACAUUCAUGGGCAACUUUGCUGACAAUAUCCAAAUGUUGACACCGCAACUUCAUGCCAUGAUUGCCGCUUCAGUGUCCAUCAAAUCAUCUCAGAAACUGAAGAAGAUCCUAGAGAUAAUUUUGGCUCUGGGGAACUACAUGAACAGCAGCAAGAGAGGAGCCGUGUAUGGAUUCAAACUGCAAAGUUUAGACCUGUUGCUGGAAACCAAAUCGACCGACAGAAAGCAGACACUCCUUCAUUACAUUUCCAAUGUAGUGCAGGAGAAAUAUCCAGUAGUGUCUCCAUUUUACAAUGAGCUUCACUAUGUGGAUAAGGCUGCUGCAGUGAGUCUGGAGAACGUGCUGUGUGAUGUGAAGGAGCUGCAGCGUGGCAUGGAGUUGAGCUGGAGAGAGUUUAGUGUGUCACACAAUGCCACGCUCAAAGAUUUUAUCAGCAGAAAUGAAUCACGACUCCACAAACUCCAAGAGGAUGCACGCAUUGCUCAGGAUGCCUUUGAAGAUGUCGUGAAGUUUUUUGGAGAAAGCUCCAAGACAAUGCCACCAUCAGUCUUCUUUCCCAUUUUUGUUCGUUUCAUCAAAGCCUACAGGGUAGCUGAGGAGGACAAUGAGCAGAGGAGGCGUCAGGAGCAGAUGCUACUGGAGAAACUGGAGCAGGAGGAGCAGCAGCACCAGGAGGAGGAAGAAAACACAAAG